CAUUUUUCAGGUACAUAACCAAAGAAUUCGAAUCACCAAAGAAAACAGCAAAAAUCUCUUUUAAAAAACCGAGUAGAAAGUGCAAAAGAUAAAAUAUAAUGACUUUUAUAGACAUACCCGAAGCGCUUCGUCCUAAAAACCCACCAAAAACCGAAUCAAAGCCUUCGCAACCCAGUGAACCACCCAAACCAUCAGAAAACACCUCCGGUAAAACGGACGAAAGCCAAUGGGGCUACGAUUUGUACCCGGAACGUCGCCGAGGUGCGUCCAGAUCACUUACCGAUGUCUUAACCAUGACAAAAGGUAGAGAAGAAUUAAGAAAAAUGGAUUGUGAGAGAGGAGUUUAUAGGUGUAUCAAAGAAAGCCCCCUUGUACGGCUUAUGCUAGGAGCUCUCAAGUCUUCAGGGUGUGCCAUUGACAUAAGAAGGCAUAUCAGCUGUGAAAAAUGUGCCCCAAAUGUUAGUGGAGGAUUUGACCCUAUUCUGAAUCAGGUUGUUAUUUGUCAUAACAAUACCUUCAAAGAAAGCGCAAUCCAAGGCGUCUUGACCCACGAACUCAUCCACAUGUUCGACUACUGCAGAAACAACUUGGACUUCAAAAACCUGGAUCAUUUAGCUUGCACGGAAAUCAGAGCGGCAAACUUGGUCCAUUGCAGUUUUGUAUCUGCCUGGCUGAAUGGAGAUACGUCGAUUUUCAAGUUCCGGGACACACACCAAUAUUGUGUGAGAAACAAAGCCCUAAGUUCUAUGCUAGCUGUCAGGGAUGUGACUAGAGAGCAAGCAAUGGAAGCUAUUGAACGGGUGUUUUCUAAGUGCUAUAAUGAUUUGGAACCUUUGGGUAGGAGGCUGAGGAGGAAUAGUUUGGAUAUGCACAGAGCUUUCCAGGAUGGGUAUUAUUAUGGGUAUGAAGAUUGAUAGUAAUUUGUCAUAUAGUAGUUUGUAUAUUAAUAUUGUUAAAUAAAAC